CGGUUUCUAUCCGCCAGACCAGUGAGUCUUCCAAGUAACCCUGCAGUGUCUCCGUCUCAAACAAAAUGGCGUCACCCUUACUUGUUCUCCUGUUCUUGGGGUUUAUGUUGGAAGUGAAGUGUUUCCCGGCUGCUGUCAACGAGUCCAUCUCUUCAAGAAACUUUAAGGAAAAUAGACUGCUGACCGUACUAGGGAGAAGAUUCCACUUCAACAGUGAAGAAGUGGAAGCGACAAAGGAUCUGAUAGAAGAUGAGGAGAACAACAUUGACCCUGAACAAGACGAAAUAAUUUUCCGGCUCCAGGUUGAAGAAAUUGUGAGAAAACUAAGGACGAUGAGCGAGGAGGAAAUGCAAAGAAUAAAAAUGGUUUUUGUUCGUAAUAUGGGGCCGGACAGGGCAGAAGAGGUCUUUGGAAUUGCAGAAGAAAUAUUUGCGAGGGAAAAAGAAGCAAAUGAAGAGUUGCAAAAAUCGUUUCAACUAAACGAAGGAGAAGAGGAGGCUUUUGAGGAACUCGUUGAGGAUACCAAAGAUGGAAGGGAUCCCGAAACUGAAGAUAUGGAGUUCAAGCUCGGACUUUAUGAACUGGCAGAUGGAUAUGACCAACUGUCCCCGGAGCAGAAAGAGAGAUUUAGAGACCUGGUGGAGCUAGAAUUCGGAUCGGAGGACGCAGCCUGGAUAUUCCAAGAAAUCAUUAAGAUCCAGGAGGAAAUUAAGACAUUAGAAGCGAACCCGACCGGAGACAAUGGCAUCAGCUUAGCCAAGGAGAAAGUCGACAGGGUAGCUGACGAUCAGGAAAACAAGGUGUUUUGGGGUGAGUUACAUGUGGACGUGUAUGAUGAGAGAAGUGAAGGCAAUGACACAGACAACGGCGUGGAAGAAUUUGAAAACUCUAAUUCGGCACAGGCUGCAGGUGCAGAUUUUACCCAAGCACAGUCUGCAGGUGCAAAUCCUGCUCCAGCACAGUCUGCAGGUGCAAACCCUGUUCAAGCUCAGUCUGCAGGUGCAAACCCUGUUCAAGCUCAAUCUGCAGGUGCAAACCCUGUUGCAGCACAGACUGCAGGUGCAAACCCUGUUCAAGACCAGACUGCAGGUGCAAACCCUGUUCAAGAACAGUCUGCAGGUGCAAGCCCUGUUCCAGCACAGUCUGUAAAUGCAGAUAUAAAUUCUCCUGAAGACCCGGCUACAGAUGCAACCCCUACUCAAGCACUGACGGAGACAUCGAUAGAAAGCACAUCAAUAGAGGUCAACGAUGAUGGAAAUAUCACUGAUAUUGGCCGUGAGACAAUAAAAACUGAAGCUAACGUCACACUUAGUAACGUGGAUAAUAUUCCAGCAGCGCCAACUCCAGUGAUCAGUGUCAUCACCACCACCCCAGCAGGGAAAGACGUCGACAGUUCAAUGGCGUCCGUCAAAAAUAUAGCAAACACCACCUCCACGGCACAAACUAACCUCAUGAUCACUAUCUCGGAAAAUUCAUCCAUCGGGGGAUCUCCUACAAAGUGGGAAAAUACUUCAGAUGCACCAACCGCAGUUUCGAAUUCAAGCAGCACUGCUACUUCUACCAGCCUGAACUGAACCUGUUGGACGGCAUCCGCUAGGGGACCAUGGAGAACAUGGGGGCCGCAUCAAACGUCUGAUAGACAGCGAACAUGAGAGAAACAAAGUGCUUUUUGGUCGCUAGUAGAAUGUGCAGGGAUUGUGCCGAUAAACGUCACCUGUCAUUUCAAUCAAAAAUGGGUUUGCAAGUACAAGGCAUGGUGUAGCUUUUGCACAUGAUGGCAAUCUCCUACCUGGCAGAUCGAAGAAAUCUACCCUACUCUACUCCAUUCUACUCUACUCUACUCUACUCUACU